UGAUUUCAUAAUUUUUAUCGUAAAAACGUAUCCGUGUCUGUAUGUUGUACCCCUUAAUCAUUGAAUAAAUAAAAAUGGGAUUAUAAAUUAUUUCGCAAAUGUAAACGAAAGAUAUACGUCCAUACCAUUUCGUAAAUAGAUUUGUUUCGAAGUACUUAAACACGUCGUUUUUAUACUCGAAAGAAAUCACGUAUACGUUUUAACAAAUUAAUUUCCAAAUUGAAUUCUCCGUUAUUUUUAUUUCAUUCCAUAUUAUUUUUUUCUAAUUUAAAUCCACGAGAUAAAAACACCUUUCAAUCGACUUUCUUUAUUAUUCGUUGACCUAUUUGUCGCUCCUCAUGUAUAACAUAUAUAUGUAAUAUAUACGAAUAAACGAUAUCUAUAUAUAUGUCUAAAUAUCUAUUAGAAUUUAAAAUGUCUUGGGAAAUUAAAUUGAUAAAUAUAUUUGCAAAUCCAAUGAUCGAUAUCAAACAAUAAACGAGAUUAGAAACGAACGAACCACGUACACAGAUAUAUAUACGAAUACAUAUAUAUUAAUACAUAAGAGUAUAUAAGAAACAUAAGAGCGAAUCGCAAAGGCGAACUCACGUUUCUCAAGAAUUCUUUAUUAUUCCGAUAGGAGAACGAGGGCUGUCUCGUAAAAGAAAAUUUUACGGUGUCUCGAGAUGUAGAUACCAUAUAUACAUAUAACACAUUCAUAGAUAGAGAUCGUACGAGGCGCGUAAAAUUCGAGCGAAUGCGGGCAGUAUGCGCACGAGAUAUAAUAUAUGAACACACACCGAGGAGUGCGCUGCGCCAUUUCGAUCUAACCUGAAUGAGUUGCCGAGGUCGUCAUAGUGGAGGAGAGUUUAGCGCAAGCUGCUAGUGCACCCGCAGACGAUUUGCGAGUUCGUCAGUCGCGGCUCGGCGACGAGCGUACACGCAUCCAUUCGCGCGUUACUUCUCUCAUUCGAUACCAACUAUCAACUACAUUUCUUUUUAUUUAUUUCUUUUUUUUCUUUUUCUUCUUCUAUUUUCCGUAUUUCGUAUAAACACGCGAUAAAUCACGACAUAAAUUUGAAGUUUAUGGGGGAAAUACACUGAUGCACGCACGCACGCACACAUACGAGUACACACAAAUACACAGAGUGCGAUGAAUCAUGCGAAAGAGAAUAACCGAUGAAAGGAGAAGACGUACAAAGUCGACCGACAUGCGGUCAGUACGCUCUUACGAGUAAGCGUAAAAUGGUUAGAAAACUUUAGAGUCGUAAGAAGAAGUAACAACGAGGACAUAGGCAAGGUAUUCAAUGUGUACAACAUUAUCAGUCAGGCAGUUGUAAAAUGAAACCGUCCAUGAAAAUGGGAAUGAUAGCUUUAGUAGGUGUUUGCGUGGUAUUUUAUCAAUACCAUUUAUCCACCGGGGUUAGAUUCGAUCAGGCGAUCGAUUUUAGUGCCGGUGGAUCUAUCGACGACGAGGUUGAAUCACAUCAUAUUAGAUUCCCAAGGUUUACCUCGGAAAUGAUAAUGAAUGCAGUACGUCGAGUACAAGACUUGAACGGUCUCAGUCCGGAAGUUGGUACGUUGUUAUUCAAAGAAAUUUUGUUACAAUUGAACAACAAAAAUGUUCUUGAAACAACGGAAAACGAUUCGCGAAUUUUACAACCCUGUCCAAAAGUUGUCACCUCGAACGUCUCAUGUACGCCGCCGCCGUCGCCGCCGUCGCCGCCGCCGCCGCCUUCCACUUUAUCAUCAUCGUCGUCCACGAAAAAUGAAAUAUCAUCUUUAGAUCCUCUCUACAUCAUCACCCCGACGUAUCGUAGACCAGAACAAAUUCCAGAGCUCACUAGGAUGUCUCACACGCUUAUGCUAGUCAAAAAUGUUCACUGGCUCGUAAUAGAGGAUGCAUACGUUGCCACGAAACAAGUUACCAGACUACUCGAACGUACUAAAUUAAAAUUCGAUCAUUUGACGGCGCCAAUGCCAGAGAAAUAUAAAUUUAAAAAUGGUGCAAAACCACGCGGUGUUUCCAACAGAAAUCGCGGCUUGCAAUGGAUAAGAGCGAACGCAACGAAAGGGGUACUUUAUUUCGCUGAUGACGAUAACACCUACGACAUAGCUUUGUUCGACGAGAUCCGCAAAACAAAAACGGUGUCAAUGUUUCCGGUUGGUCUUUGCACUAAAUUUGGUUUAAGCUCGCCGAUCAUAAAGAACGGAACGUUUGCUGGUUUUUAUGAUGGAUGGGUCGCAGGUCGUAAAUUUCCUGUGGACAUGGCAGGUUUUGCUGUGAAUGUUAAAUUUUUACUUCAAAGGCCAAACGCGACAAUGCCGUUUAGGGCUGGUUACGAGGAAGAUGGUUUCUUGAAAAGUCUUGCACCAUUGGAACCACGAGACGUUCAAUUAUUGGCAGACAAUUGUACGAAAAUACUAGCGUGGCAUACGCAAACAAAAAAAAAUGAACCGAGUGCACCAUUGAAUAUGAAACUUUAUGGUUCGACAAAUCUCGUCAAAUUGAAAGAACAAAUAGUAUGAUGUCUGGUCAAAUUUAACAUCAUUUACCGAAGAUAAGAAAGAGUCCCAAGUACUCGUCCGUUUUAUUUCUCGAACCUGUUUCUACGAUGGAUAGGUGCAAGAAAAAAAAGCUAUGUGAUUUAGUGCCUAAAGUAUUUCUCCUAUUUGUAAUCUAAAGAAAAAGAAAAGGAAGAAGUUGAAGAAGAAAAGAAAGAAGAAUAAUGGGAUGUUCUUAAGCUGAACCAUCAACAUGACGGUGAAGCCUUUGAUUUAACUUUGAAUUUAAAGGCAAACGUUUACCUCAUAGCCGUGGGAUCGAAAAUAAAUCUCCUACAUUGCAGUAGUAUUGUUUACUGUAGUAUAGUGUCGAUAUAUAGUGCAUUUUUAAUUAUGAAAUAUAAAUAUAUAAAUAUAUAAAUACAUGAACACACACUCCAGCGAACAGUACAGAUCAAUGACCAAUCGAGGGGAGUUUAUUCGAUUCUAGUGAACAUAGUGAUAGUGAAAGGUUUUUUGUGAGAAAGAAGGGUGAGGGGAACAAUGUAAAAAGAAAACCAAAAAAAGAAACAAGAAAAAGCGAGUAACUAUCUCUGGACCAGUAAAAAUGUAGCGCAAGUGUGAGAGCUCGAAUUGAAUCUGCCUAAGCCACUAAAUAUGCACUUCAUUGUAUUAAUAUGAAAUAUUAUUAAUAACAAGUAAUAACCAGAGAUUUUUUUGUCUAUCGUAUUUGGGACAGUCUAUAUGCAGUCAUAUUUGAAAUAAUAAUUUCAACUUACGAUUUUUGAUCGAACAUUGGACAUCGUUGCAUGCUAAAGCUUUGUACCAUAAGAAAUAUUGCCAAUGUAAUAUGUCCUAAAGUCGGAAGAACAUUUUCUGAAAAAAUGGUGUACCAUUCAAUCAUUAUAUUGAAGAAGACCUUUUACUGUAGAAAAAAUAUCAAAUGAGAGAUUAUUCGAACCGGUUAUUAUAAAAGUGAUCUAAUUGGAAUUAGAUUAAUUUUUGUUUGAAGAUAUUUCGACAUUAAGGUUAAAAAAAUAAUAAAAAUAUGUCUUUGAAGAUCUUAAGUGACUUAGAUCACUUUUAUAAUUACUAGUUCGUUUAUUAACAAUUUUUGUUAAAUAUACAUACAUAUUCAGGGAUCAUCACUCUUCGUUGAUAUUUGGUCCUCUUCUUAUCAUGAUUGUCCUUUAAUUUUAACGUGAAAAAUCAUUUCCAUUUAAGAAAAGAAAUGUACUAUGGUCAAGUAAACUCUAUGAAUUCGAUAAUAUGGUCUUGAUAUUGCACUAUUGUAAAUUGACUUAUUUGUACAUAGAGAGCAUGCCGUGCUUCCUAGGCAGAAAGUUAUAAAUAUCGUAUA